AUGAACGCCUUCACCCGGGCACUACAGUCCAUCGCGGUACCCGGUUCAUCCUCCAUCUAUUGGCCUUACUGGCGCACCAUGCCAAUGUCUGGUUGGAUCCCAUAUCGUCAUAUGGUACCAUACUCGGCCAAGGCAGCUGACCAGGUUAUCCUCCGAGUCUUCCUCCCUUCAUGCACAGCCUCCACGCUGCCAAUCCGGUUGGGCUCUGACUACUUAGCAUAUGGGCCUUUACGCACCACUAUGCCUCAUACCCUCGGUUCUGCGGCAGAGCUUCCCUUGCCUCGGAAGAGUACCCACACGAACCUCGAAAGAUCUGGCGGCUCAGCCGUCCGUGAUCUUUCCACAUCGGAGUCAUACUCAACAUAUGGGCCUUACGCACCACCAUGUUAG